GAUACCCCUGGUCUUGCAGUCUGAUCUGUGUGCGAUUGCGAGUUCUGUUCCAGGAAGUGUGCGGUCUCAUCACUGCUGUUCUAACUGUGUGGACAUUUUUAUGAACAUGCAUUGAGAAGAGAACAGGACCCACCGAUACAACACAGAUCUUGGGGACAAAGACCUUGUGACCAGAGUGUAACCCAGGCCUGUGGAGGUGAAAGGCUGGUGCGUCGGUCCUCUGUGCCCCCAAGACCCCAGAUUGACCUGUACAGUACUGGGCAGCCUGUCGAUCUGCAAGGACGACUGUCAUUCGCUCUCAGUGCUAUGUGUGUACAGAAAAGUUGGGCCUGUGCUCUCCAGCUAGACCCCAGCCCUGGAGUGUGAUCUCAUCCCAGAAUGAGUUCCUGAGCCUGGGGAUACUACACCUGGUCACUCCCUGUUAAGUCACGAUGGAGGCGUUGGAGGCCCUCACAGGCAGUGUGGACUCUGCCUACCUGCCCCCAGCGGAGUCGGGGGAAGAGGAAGAGGAGGAGGACCAGUCCCCCCUGCUGACCGAGCAUACCCCGGCCCGAAGCCUGUACGCCGCAGCCAGGCACAAACCCCAGGACCACUACAACCUGGUCUACAUCAUCUUCUUCAUCCUUGGGGUUGGCUCACUGCUGCCCUGGAACUUCUUCAUCACAGCCAAACAUUACUGGCUGUACAAGCUGACCAACAGCUCGUCCCCCAGCCACAGCUCCGACCUGAGCAAUUACUUUGAAAGCUACCUCUCUAUAGCAUCCACUGUGCCCUCUGUUCUGUGCCUGUUGCUCAACUUCAUCUUGGUUAAUAAGGUCUCUUCUGCAGUGCGGGUGCUGAGCUCCUUGGCGGUGAUUCUGGUGAUAUUCGUGAUCACCACGGCUCUGGUCAAAGUGGACACAUCGGCAGUGAUGCAGGAGUUCUUCAUGGCCACGCUGCUGUGUGUGGCCGUGGUCAGCGGGGCCUCCAACAUCUUCACGGGCAGCCUGUUCGGAGUGAGCGGAAGAUUCCCCAUGCGCAUCUCACAGGCGCUCAUCUCUGGGCAGGCGAUGGGCGGGACUCUGUGUGCUGUCGCCUCAGUGGUGGAUCUCGCGGCAGCCGCUGAUGUCACAGACAGCGCGCUGGCGUUCUUCCUGUUGGCUGAUGUGUUCGUGGUGCUGUGUAUCGUCGUGUACCUGCUCCUGCCUCGACUUGCCUACUGUAGGUACUACAUGCAGAGCCCCGAGGAGAAAGACUCGCCCCCCUGUGGUGUCUCUGGGAAUGGUAACCCCUCCAUCCCCCCCUUGCGCCCUAUACUGCGGCGGACUGCGGUUCUGGGUCUCUGCGUCUUCUAUGUCUUCUGUGUCUCCAUCGUGGUGUUCCCGGCCAUCUCCUCUGGCAUCGAAUCCGUGCACAAGGACACGGGUAGCCCCUGGACCACCAAGUACUUUGCCCCGCUCACCAGCUUCUUUCUGUACAACGUGGCGGACUUCUGUGGGCGCCAGAUCACGGCCUGGGUCCAGGCUCCGGGGCCCAAGAGCCGGCUCCUGCCCGCCCUGGUGGCCCUUCGCACGUUCUUCGUGCCGCUCUUCAUAUUCUGCAACUACCAGCCCCGCGGCCACAUCCCCACCGUGCUGUUUGCCCAGGAUGUCUACCCCAUGGUGUUCGUCUCCCUCCUGGGCCUCUCCAAUGGCUACCUGGGCACCCUGCCUAUGAUCUACGGGCCCAAGAUGGUGCAGAAGGAGCUGGCGGAGGCGGCGGGCGUGGUCAUGUCCUUCUUCCUGACGCUCGGGCUGGCGGCCGGGUCUGCCUUUUCGGCUGUGAUUGUGCAUUAUAUAUGAUGUACAUUUUAAUGGGUGCUGUUUUAAAAAAGUAUAUAUAUAUAUUUUAUUUUCAAUAUUUUCUUAUCUCCAGCAAGUAAGAAAACCCUGUUAUGUUUGGAAAAUAUUAUCAAAAAUCUGAAUCCUUAUCUUACCUUUUUUGGUUUGGUUUUGUUUCAGUAAGAGUCUGCACACCAGGGGCGGAGUACACCAAGCAGGCGUAAAUUACGCCGUCGUUGCUACUUAAGCUUGACUUAAAAGUAAAUUCCACGGCAAGUGCACCAAAGCAAAACCAUCCCUGGUGUAGUAACGACCGUGUUGCGACCGAGGCGCAGCAGAGAAGGGAAAUUGCCAUAGUUUCAUGUGUUGGCUUCCGCAUUCUAGAAGCAAAAACGUCAAGAAAAAAAAAAACUUUACAGAGCACGAAAUACGCACACUGCUGUCCCUAUAUAAAGAGAACAAGGAAAUUCUUAAUUCUAAGCUUAACACGACAGUAAUAUUUCAUCAGAAGGAUAAAUGGUUGGCUAUUAUCUAUCCUUUGCCGAUCCCUUGGAAGGUAUAUAUAGUGACCCAUCCAUCUUUUAAAGGCAAGUACCACGCGAGGGAUCGCCCUACAAGCAGUCGUUCUGUCCACAUGGAUCAGGUUGUGAAAACAUCCACUUGCUAAAAAGCGUAAUCCUAGGAGUGUCUGUAAUUCAGCAGAUAAGGCAGCAUUCCUUUGGUUCAUAUAUUGAAGGUCAUCCCAUAUUUCAUCUAUAAGACGAAGGAGGUUCUGUCUUGGUAAUUGAUAGUGCUGAUAGAGCUCAAGCUCACCAAACAUAUCCAAUGGAUUGAGUCUGUCCCAUAGGAUUCUUUCGCAAUGCAUUGCAUGGCAGUUCAGUAAAUCAUCAAACCAAUGGACUAUUCCACCCAUUUUUGGCUUUUGCUAAACUAAAUGUUAUUUUACAAUAUUCGAAGCUGAUUUGCUUUUAAAUUGAACUUUCUGCCUCUAUCCCUAUGUUGUUAUUUGCCUGUCUACAACAGCCUUACACCUACCCGCUAGCAGGCGUGCAGUUACAACCCCUUUACAGCCUGAAUAAGUCUUACAUCUGCUUGGUGCAUUCUGCAAAAAAAUUGCGCCCAUCACUUAUGCUUGGUGCACUCCGCCUCAACAUAGUUGCAUCAGACUUGCUUUCUCUAAGCUUAGUAAGACACCACAGAACUUUACCGAAUCCAGCAAGCAGGAUGCCUACCCUGCAGUGGACCUAGCUUCUAUAUAGCGCCGUUCAUCAUCAGGAAAUAACAAACCUGGAUCGAAAUCAUUCCUGCUCUUAUUAGGAUUUUAAAUGUAGUAUUAUUGAAUUUUUCUGAAUUGUACUUCUUAUGCUUAGUAUGUUUUUUUCUUUUUCUUUUCUGAACUUGUUGUAUUCUAGUUUGGCUAUGGUACUGGUCUCCAAUGGAAAGAUAUACAUUUGAGCCUGUUCUGUUGGAUUGGGCUCACCUCUGGGAGUGAGCGGCUAUAGGUGGGUUGUUUUUAUUCACUGGCUGUUUCCCCAACGACUCUGAUUGUGAUACAGGCUGCUAACUGCAGAAUAAAACACACCCUACAGCAGCGGUUUCCAACUCCGUCCAGCUUUGUCAUUCCAGUCUGGUCCUAAAUAACUUAACUGACACCUCGUUGGUUCAGUAAACUAAUUGAGCACCUUGUGAAUCCCUACUGCAUUCAGUUUGAGAAUUAAUCUUUUAUGCGGGACUUUGUCAAAAGCUUUCUGGAAAUCUAAAUAAACCAUGUCAUAUGCUUUGCAAUUA